ACCCACGGGCGCCUGUCUGCAGUGCGAAGCCCAGAAGCAUUGGGCAAUUGUGGUUUCCUCCCUGCCCAGGGACCCAGCUGUGCUAGCCCAGCCCCCGGGGUGUCUCGGGACCUCAUCUGCUCAGGCAUGGAGGAGACAGUUGUGCGACCUUCGGUGUUCACGGUGGACGGACAGACAGACAUCCCAUUCACGAGGCUGGGGCGCAGGCGCCGGAGACGGCCGUGCACUGCGGCCCAGGUGGGCCUGGGCCUGCUGCUGCUGCUGCUGGCGGCUGGGCUGGCCGUCCAGGGCUGGUUCCUGCUUCAGCUGCACUGGCGUCUGGGGGCAAUGGUCACACCUCUGCUGGACGGAGAUGCAGACUCGUGGAAGCAGCUGACCCAAGAGCGGAGGUCCCACCAGGCCAACCCAGCUGCACACCUUACAGGAGCCAACUCCAGCCUGACGGGCAGCGGGGGCCCGCUGCUCUGGGAGACGAAGCUGGGCUUGGCCUUCCUGCGGGGCCUCAGCUACCGCGAGGGCUCCCUGGUGAUCGCGCGGGCCGGCUACUACUACGUCUACUCCAAGGUGCAGCUGGGAGGCGUGGGCUGCCCGCAGGGGCUCAGCAGCGGCCUGCCCAUCACGCACGGCCUCUACAAGCGCACGCCCCGCUACCCCGAGGAGCUGGAGCUGCUGGUCAGCCGGCGCUCACCCUGCGGGCGGGCGACCAACCCCCGCGUCUGGUGGGACAGCAGCUUCCUGGGGGGCGUGGUGCACCUGGACGCAGGCGAGGAGGUGGUGGUCCGGGUGCCCGACGAGCGCCUGGUCCGACUCCGCGAUGGCACCCGCUCCUACUUCGGGGCUUUCAUGGUGUGAAGGAACGACUGACAGUGGACUGAGUGGGGGUCUGACAGGCAGUGUGACCUCAGGGGGUGCUCUGGGGAGCCCAAGACUCAGCAAGCAAAGAGCUCGGCGGGCACCUGCAGGGCCUGAGAACCCAGCCCCGCCUGAAGGUCGAAGACCCAGCAGGCACCUCUGGAAAACCAGAGGGAACACUGCAGACCCUGCCACAGUCAAUACUGCAGCCCAAGACCCAGAGACUCGGGGGUCUGGAGGCCCCCAGCGCGGGGGACAGCUGAUCUGCCUGAUAUUCAGGUAGAAGGGGUGAGGGGUGGGUAUUUAUGUUGUUGAUUCAGAGAAGAGUGGGACUUGGGGGUCCAGGGACUUGGCUGAAGACAGGAAGCCUCACCGUCCCCCACUCGCAUGAGUGUGGGCGGCUGUGGGGAGGGAGUCAUCGUCAGGACUCAUCCAUGAGGACAGCCCAGCCCAGGCCCACCCACGGCCACAGUCACACAUUCAAGUUCCGCCCACAGCUGCGUGGCUACACCUCAUCCUGGCCGUGUAAGGUGACCCUCGGAGACUCCCGCACAGCCCACGUGCCAUGUGCCCGUAACUGUUUGCCAACCAGCUCUCCCGGCAGGGAAGAGGCUUUGUAGUGUUCGUGAUUUUCUUGGUGUAAUUACUCCCAUCGCGGCCGGUGGCUGGCUACCAACGCAUCACCAACCGCCUGGCUGGACCCCAGCGCCGUCGUCGAGCAUUCACAUCCCACCAGGACGUCACGGCUGUGUUUCAGCACCCAGGUCAGGGCCUGGCACAGGGCGGGCACUUGGAAAAUGUUUGCAGAGAGAAAGAAAGAAGGGAGGGUGGGGAGAAAGGAAGGAAGGAAGGGGGGAAGGAGGGAGGGAGACAGAACGCAGACACACCUACGGCGUCACAGAGAGUCACACAGCUCCACAAUCGCUUUCACCACUGCACUCAUUCCCACAAAGCAUCAGAGUCUCACACAGCUACACACAAGCCAUAGUGUCACAAACAGUCAGUCACAGGCAUUGUGUGACAGCCACAUAUGACACAGUCACAAGAAGUCAUCGUCACAACCGCAGUCACCCACAGGGACCAUACAGUCAUACCAAGUGUAACACAUGGGGUACCGUGAUCAUCACAUCGGACUUCCACACGCGGCAUCACGGCCACACCCAUCACACACACACACACACACACACACACACACACACACACACAACACAUGCAGCCCAAGGUUCCUCCCUAGCCAAGACGAAUACAUCCUGGGAUGAGUACCAGACUUUGUCUGAAGCCCUGGGCUCCCCGACCACGGGUCUUGGAAAUAAAUGGUAAAUGUUGCACCUGGGUCUGUCUAUUCUCAGGGGAAGAGUGCCUCACAGAGGCAGAGGGGUAGAUGGAAUCGCUCGUGGAAAUCACUUUACAAGUUCACAGAUCAGAAAACUGAACCCAGCUGGCUCAACUCCAUGUAGGAAGCUCAGAGGCGGGGGAGGAGGGGAGAGAUCUCAUGCCCAGGUCGGCCUCCUCCUCGAGUCUCCCAUUCCUGAGGAAGGGGAGGCUCCCUCCUGCCAGGCACCCUUACUGCAGACAUCCAGGACAGAGUGCUGGUCUACCCAGCCAGCUGGAAGCUUGGAGCAAGUGGGAGCAUGGGAGGAGGGCAGAGGGAGGGGCAGAUAAUGAUACGCAUACAAAUCAGAUGGUCUGUAUAAAUGAGCAGGAACUCUGGUGUGGCCAAAGGGAGGUAUUGGUACUCAGGACCCAAAGAUAAAGGCUCAGCCCCCAGAAGUGGAUGGGUUAUUGUUGUUAUUGUCGAUACUGUUGUCGUGUUGCCUGGAAUGGGGGGAAGGAAAUAGACUUUGCAAUCAGA